AUGGACAACUCGAACUGGCAACAGUCCCAGAACACCGACAACUACAGCGACCAGGGCACGGGCCAGGGCAGCACGUACGACAGCAUGCAGGGCGGCGGCGGCCAGCAGCAGCAGCCGCAGCGCGGCAUGGGCGGCGGACAGGGCGCGUUCGGCUCGGGCGUCUCGGGCGGCUACGGCGGGAACGACGACCAGAGCCAGCAGAACUCGCAGGGCCAGGGCCAGGGUCAGCAGUACUCGCAAGGGCAGGGUCAGCAGCAGGGCCAGGGCCAGCAGCAAGGCCAGACCCAGGGCGAGAAGCAGGACUGGCUCGAUAAGGGCAUCGAGUCGAUCGGGUCCAAGGUCGGCUACAAUGUAAAAGACACCCAGGCCGACAGCGCGGGCGACUUCAUCAACAAGCAGUUCAACAAGCAUACUGGUCGCAAGCUUCCUGGUGUCCAGUGA